AUGGAUGAUAUUCCAACUUGUUAUCAUCUACAGAAUGGUGAUUCACUGGGAACAAUUCUGGUGUCAAACAUCCUCACUGGGGACAAUUAUCAUACAUGGAGCAGGUCCAUGGUCAUGGCGUUUAAAGCAAAGAACAAGAUUGGAUUUGUGGAUGGAUCAAUUCGUCAACCAAUUUUCACAGAUAAUACAUACGAAUUAUGGGAAAGAUGCAACAAUAUGGUGUCUUCUUGGUUAAUCAAUUCUGUUUCAAAAGAGAUUGGUUGCAGCAUAAUAUGUGCAAAAUCAGCAAGGGAUAUGUGGCUGGAUUUAAAGAAUCGUUUUACUCAAGGUAAUGGUCCAAGAAUCUAUCAAUUGCAAAAAGAUUUGUCAGUCUUGAUGCAAGCAGAUUUAUCUGUACGAGAUUAUUAUACAAGAUUCAAAUCUUUAUGGGAUGAAUUGUUAGAUUACAAUCAAGUUCCUUCAUGUUCAUGUGGAGCCUUACAAAAGUGCAAUUGUGGUGCAAUAAAGAUCUUUCUGGGAUAUCAAGAUCGACAACACGUGAUGCAGUUUCUGAUGGGUUUAAAUGACAGUUUUUCUCACAUCAGAGGGCAAAUUCUGAUGUUAGAUCCUUUACCAGAAAUAAACAAAGUUUUUUCUUUGGUAGUACAAGAAGAAAAGCAAAGAGAAAUUAGCAAGAAUGGUAUUGUGGAUACUGUUGCUUUCAUGAGCAAAGUGCAAGAUUCAAACACAGAAAUGAGAAAGUUUAAUUCUGGAAAACAGCAGACAAGAAGAGAAAAAUUGUAUUGCACUCAUUGUGGUAUGAAUAAUCAUACAAUGGACAAAUGUUACAAGAUUCAUGGCUAUCCUCCCGGAUUCAAGCAAAAUUUCACCAAUAGUCGAUAG